AUGGUGACACUGCCCUGGGAAAACCAAACAGUAGUGGAAUUUGUGCUUAAAGGAUUCUCUUCCAUCCCAGAGCUAAAUAUUUUUCUGUUUAUGACGUUUUUAGUUUUAUAUAUCUUAAUUAUUUCUGGAAACACCCUCAUUAUCCUGCUAGUUUUAUUCAGCCGUCCCCUCCACACCCCCAUGUACUUCUUCCUGGUCAAUUUGUCCUUCCUAGAGAUGUGGUAUACGUCCAACAUUGUCCCCAAGAUGCUGCUGAUUAUCCUAGCCAGAUGGAAGACUAUCUCUGUGGCUGGCUGCCUGGCACAGUUCUACUUCUUUGGCUCCCUGGCUGCAACAGAGUGCCUCUUGCUCGCUGUGAUGUCCUAUGACCGCUACCUGGCCGUCUGCCAACCUCUCCACUAUCCCAUUCUCAUGACUGGCCCCUUCUGCAUUAGGCUGGCUGCCAGCUCUUGGCUCUGCUGCUUCCUUCUCACAACAAUCACGAUGGUCCCACUGUCUAGACUAACCUUCUGCAGACCCAGUGAAAUUGAUCACUUCUUUUGUGACUUCGCCCCUCUGGUCCAUCUCUCCUGCAUGGACACCUCACUGACUGAGACGAUUGCCUAUGCCACCUCUUCGGCAGUGACUCUGAUCCCAUUUCUCUUCAUCACAGCCUCCUACUCCUGCAUUCUUGCUGCUAUCCUAAGAAUUCCAUCUGGCACUGGCCGGCAAAAGGCCUUUUCCACUUGCUCCUCCCACCUCACCGUGGUCAUGGUGUUUUACGGGACACUGAUUGCCACAUACCUUGUACCCUCAGCCAACUCUUCCCAACUCUUGCACAAAGGAUUUUCUCUGCUCUAUACCAUCCUAACACCGAUGUUCAACCCCAUCAUCUAUAGCCUGAGAAACAGAGACAUCCAUGAAGCCCUGAAGAAGUGCUUGAGUAAGAAGCCAGGUUUCCUUAGAUGA